UAGGCUCGUAGUAUUGGGUCUCUUAGCCCAUAUCUCUAAAUGAAAAUGGGCUUUUCUGGGUUGGGUCUGUUUGUGUGAUUUGGGAUCAAUCAAAGAGAUAGAGAAAUAGAAAUCCAUUCAAACUCGUUUAUAUGUAACCGAGCCCAUGUUUCAGCACUUAACAAUUCAUUUCUCGAGAUCGGAGCCGUUAAAAAUUUUAAAAAAUAAAAAAGAAAACCAGCUUUCAACUCAAUGCCCGUUAACCUCUGCUCCAUCUCUCUGUCUCUUUCGCCUGUCACCAAUGGCAGAUUACGACACGCACCACCAGCAUCACCAGGGCGGCGGCCACCACCACCACCACCAAACGAUCCCAAAAGAAACAGCUCUCCAAGCCCUAAACACUAUAAUCCAACUCCAUUUUGAGAAGACCCUGGAAAAGAAAAAAGCAAUAGACCUCCAAAAGAAAGAGCUCCACAAGCUCUUCCUUCUUUUCUUCAUCUUCCUCUCUCUAGUCUUCAUGGGCGUGGCUCAGCCUAGUCGCCUUCAGUGCUGCCACUGCUGGGCCCCGAUAACCUUUCUCUCUUUGGCCCACCUCAUCUUCUAUGUCUCUGUGGCUCAAACUCUUCGGUGCAUCAAUGGUUUCAAGUACCAAAGACGGUGCCACAAGCUGACCCUUGGAUUGGCGACUGAGAAGCUAAGGGAAUUUAAGAUGAGAAUUGCUAGUGGUAGUAGUGAGUGUGGUGAGGUGGUUGGUGAUGAAGGUGAGCUUCAGAUUCAUUACCAAGAACCACCAGAGAGUUACUUUGGUAAGUUCAAGAGGAACUGGGCUUUACAUUUUGGGUUCUUGAUCUUGAUAUAUGGGUUCAUGGUAUCUUCUUCUGUUGUUCUUCUUUGUUAUUGAUGGAUUAGUGUGUGUUGAAGUUUUUGAUGUAAGAAUUUCUUCUUGAUUAGAUUAAAUUCCAGUGUGGAAUUAGUUAUUCAAUGAUUUGGGUAUGUGAAUCUGAACUGGUAGAUUAAUUUCUUGAUAAAAUCUUGUAUGGGUUUCUCUCAGAAAGUUGAAUGGAAUGAAAAGUAGUAAAAUUGUAGA